UGUUCCAUCAGUCAGACUCAGUUAAUUUCGCUAUUUGUUUGUUGUUUUUUUACUCUGUUGAUGUUUCCCUUUUACUCUCUCUCUCUCUUUCUCUUCAUUCAUUUAUCUUCCUCUUUUCAAUCUUUUUCUCCCACUCACAUUUCUCUUUUUCUCUCCCUCCAUUUGUAGGUAAAGAUCGAUAAAUAAAAAAACAUUCUUUCAAGACUCUGGCUGAAUUGGACCUUUUGCAAGGUCAACUAACUAAAUCCAAUAUCUAUUUCGUGGUUAUCCUUUUUAUUGGUUUCUUAUUUACGAUUAGGUUAAUUGUGACUGUUAAACGACCUCUUGUUACCAUUAUUAUGCCUGUUCCAUCAUCUUCAUAUCGAAGUAAUUACCGGGGAACCUCUGGUAGUGCAUUUGGUUUUGGUUCUUCGUCAUCUUCCUCAUCCUCAUCAUCAACUAUUUCUUCAUCCUCAUCCCUUUUAUCAAAUUCUAUUGGUGCAAGUAAAUCAAAACCUCCAAUAUCGUCAAAUACUUUUCCAUCAUCGUACCGAAAUUCUGGUUCCUUUGAUUACACUUCACCUUCAAUCUAUUCAACUUAUCGAGCCUCAGCUUCUAACCGAUCACCAUCUUCAUCUUCAUCAUCUUCUUCAUCAUCUUCAUCUUCUUUAUCCUCUCUAUCUACAUCUUCUUAUCAUCAUUCACCUUCUUCAUAUUUGACAUCACUCUCAUCAUCAUCUUCUUACUAUCGACCCUCAAGUCUUUUAUCAUCUAAUUCAUCAGGAUAUUCAUCAUCACCCUGCACCGUAACACUAACCCGGUUCAACCAUAGACGAUCAAGUAUUGAUCAGAACGAUGAUGACACCGAUUCCCUAUCAUCAACUAAAUCAUCAUCUUCAAUAUCUUACCUGUCACCUUUAUCACGACGUAAAAAAUAUACUCUCAACGAUACCAUAAUUCGGAAUCCAUCAAACAUUGCUGGUUUAACAAACCUUGGUAAUACAUGUUAUAUGAAUGCGAUAUUACAAUCACUUUAUGCUAACGAGGGUUUCAGAAAUUACGUAACAAAAUCUCGUAGAGGAUCAUUAAAUUUAGCAUUGGGACAAUUAUUUGAAGAAAUGAUAAGUUCCAAUAAUACAAGUGUUAACCCGAGCAGUUUUCGAAGUGCGUUCACACGAAUUCAGCCCAAAUUUCGUGGAUACGAGCAACAAGAUGCACAAGAAUUUUUUCAAUACCUGAUCAAUGCCUUACAUGAUGAGGUUAACACGGGAAGUUUUGGCUCAUCAUCAACAAGAAACUGUAAAAGUCCUAAAUCCUCUAUGGAAGCAUGGGAAAGAUACAAAAUGUUAGAGGACUCACCUUAUGUUGACAUGAUCGCUGGUCAAUUAUCAUCAACUGUUACCUGCUCCAUUUGUAGUAAUACAUCAAACUGUUGGGAUCCCUUUUGGGAUUUAUCCCUCCCACUGCCAAAUAAUGUACGAGAAACUGAUAUUGAAAGAUGUCUCAAAGAAUUUACUACACUGGAAGAAUUAUCUAAAGACGAAUUACCGAAAUGUGAUCGAUGUGAUAAACCCACCAAAUCAACUAAAAGAUUGGGCAUUGAAAAAGCCCCACAAGUACUUAUUUUACAUUUAAAACGUUUUUCUAACGAUGGUUACAAAUUAACUAUGCCUCGAGUAAUUGCCAAUGAACGGAUCGCCACCCGAUCAAAAUACUAUUCACUUUCAUCAAUGGUUCUUCACCAUGGUAACUCAAUUAGAUCAGGACAUUAUACUGCCUAUUGUUUACAUGGAUCUAAAUGGUUCCAUUUUAAUGAUGACAGAGUUACCGAGGCUAAAAAUUUCAGUCCCAAUGAUGCUGAGGAUGCUUAUAUUUUAUUUUAUGUUGAAAAUUCGUGUUCAUCUCGCCUUUAAUUGUUAACUGAUUGUUUCAAUUUUAUCAAAUUAUCUUUAUGAAUCAUCAUCAUAUAUACACAUCUUCAUAAUCAUCAGCUGAUUGAUCAUCGUCAACCGGAUUAAUUCAAACAACAUAUUCUCAUCAACUUGACAUCACAAAUAAUCAAAAUUCAAACACACAAGCGACAUGUCAACAAUUAAAUUAAAUUGUUGUUAUAAUAAUAAUAUACAAUUAUAAUUAUUUUGAAAAAAUAUUAUAUUUAUCUUGGAAAUUAACAAAUUGUUCAACAUCUCAAAAUUGAUUAAUAAUAAUGUAUUAUUAUCUUUAAUUGUUGUCAUAUCAAUUUUUAAUUGUUCUGACACACUCAUUAUUAAUAAUCAUUAAUUAACAAAGUCACAUUGUAUUUAAUUGGAUGAUCUUGUUAACUUUGAUUACUUGAUUCUGUUUUCUUGAUCCCCUGUUAAUUGUUAAUCAACUUACAAUGAUGAUAAAAAAGCAAAUCAAAUUAA